GUUCGGAAAGAACCGGGAACCCCGAAGGAAGAGAGGCGGCGAGUCGCGAUCAUACUUCACCACUCUGGUCAACGCAGGCGAGGGUGCCACGUGGUGAGCACGGCGAGUACAGCACAACACCGAGUGUGCUGCUGGCAUCCCGUGGUGGGAGCAUCGCACAUGGACGACGCUGCCACCGCUCACCCAGAUGUAGUCGUCCUGGGAGAGGUCAACAACAGCCCCGCCUCGUGGAAUCGCCGGAGCCCAGUCCUCGUUGUCUCUGACGAUUCGGCCGACGGCGACAACUAUGACAUCAACGCCAUCCUUCACGCGGUGGAGGAGCUCCGGAGCGAGGACGACAAUGAUAUUGCUGUCAUGACGGCGCCAGCAUCGGCGCCCGAGGAAGUGGUGGUGGAGGGUGCGGAGGGGGCACCGGUGGAUCCGGGCGAGAGCGGCGACGUCGGCGCCAUUGGCGUCGACCGCGACCGGCUUGCCACAGUCGUGGGCCAGGUGAUGGCUCUGUUCCCCGAUUGCCUAAGGUCCUACCUGGAGCAGCUCAUUCCAGAGCGAGGCUGGUGGGACGCUAAUGUCGUGUGCAACUUCCUGCUGGAGGAACCGGGCUACCCGCGGGGCCUGGUGCAGGAGCUCGUGCUGCUGCCCGAGUCGUCCGUUUUCCUCAGCGAGGAGAAGGAGGCGGAGCUGGACUACUUUGACGCGGCGUCAAUGGACAACAUGCAGGAUGCUGCCUACCAGCUGCAGGCCGUGGAGCUGCUGCGCCAUGACUUCCCCGUGCUCAUGGUGGUUGACCUGCGCACCACGCUGCGCCGCCUCAAGCACCGCUAUGCGCUCACGCGCCUGGUGUUGUCUAAGGCUGUGAAGAGCUGGCUGGACAAUGGAGGGAAGUCUCAGUCCAGCAGAGGCAAACGAGAGGUCAUUCCAGUGUCAUAUCACGAAGGCUCACUGCAGCUGAAGGUUAAUCUGCGCAUACUAGAGCGCCGUCGCCGCUCGGAGGGAUCUGCAAGCCACGUGCAGGAGCCCCUGCACCCCGAGCUGCUUAAGGAGCUCCAGUUUUUUGAGGCUAAGAUGCGCCAGCAGAACGAGCAUGCAGACCUGCAGCUGGCGAUGCGCGUCAACGAGCAGCAGUACGAGGAGGAGCAGCAGGCCAUCGAGUGCGGCUGCUGCUUCGCGGCGGUGCCUUUUGAGGAGAUGACCCAGUGCCUGGACGGACAUCUCUUCUGCAAGGACUGCCUCGUCCGAUACGCACAGGAGGCCGUCUACGGGCAGGCCGGGGCCCAGCUGCAGUGCAUGGUGUCCGGCUGUGAGGAGGGCUUCCCGCAGAGCGAGCUGCAGAAGACGCUACCCCAGAAGAUUCUGCUCAAGCUGAGCGAGCGCCAGGCUGAGCAGGACGUGAGCACCGCACUCCGUGAUGAGCUGCUCCGGUGUCCGUUCUGUGACUUUGCAGCGAUGUUGGAACAGAACUCCAUCGUGUUCGUGUGUCCCAACCCUCGCUGCAAGAAGUCUUCUUGCAGGAAGUGUCGUGAGGACUGGAAGGAUCAUGCUGGGCUCACAUGCGAGGAGGUGGAGUCUCAGUCUCAAGUCAAGUUCCGCAUUAGCAUGGAGGAGCGCAUGUCGGCGGCGCGCAUCAGGAAGUGUCCACGCUGCGGCACGGCGCUGCUCAAGUCUGAGGGCUGCAACAAGCUGAGCUGCCGCUGCGGGGGCACCAUGUGCAAUGUGUGUCGCACGCCCAACAUCGGCUACGACCACUUCUGCCAGCAUCCGCUCAUCCCCGGGCAGCCCUGCCCACAUUGCACCGCCUGCCUGCUCUGGGUAGACCCCGAGAAGGAGGACGAUCAGCUGAUUGAGCGCAUCCAGACAGAGGCGCACGUGGUGUCCGGCGAGGUUGGAAAGCGGAUUGGGCCACCCCUUGAUCCUGAUGAGCCCAAACAGCGGCGAGUCGACAAUCAGCCACGCCACCGGCAUCACCACCACCACCACUUCGGUCAUCAUCAUCAGCACCAUCCACAGCCGCAGCAGCAGCACCGACACCACUUCGGUCAUCAGCACCAUCCACAGCAGCAGCAGCACCAACACCACUUUGAACAUUAUCAGCACCAUCCACAGCCACAGCAGCAGCAGCAGCACCAUCUCCCCCUGCCACGCCAGCUGCCCUGGAUGGCGCAGCCCUGGAUGGCUGAGCGAGUUGCCGAUCAGCAUGCGGAGCGCAUGCAGUACCUGCAGCACCUGCAACAGCAGCAACAACAACAGCAGCAGCAGCAACAACAACAACAGCAGCAGCAGCAGCAGCUGUUCCUGCAACAGCAGCAGCUGUUGCUGCAGCAGCAUCUGCAGCAGCAUCUGCAGCAGCAUCAGCAGCUUCAACAGCAGCUGGCCAUGAGGGAUGUGGGUGAGCACGGUCUCAUCCCGAGGCCUCCGCCAAACUACAGAGAACACCGCUGAUCAAUCAACGGUGAUCGUCAAUUGUGAACAACGUUGAUCAAUCAGCGGUGAUCGUCAAUUGUGAACAACGUUGGUCAAAUCUGUGUCGAUCGCUGACCGAUCAUAACGACCUGUAACAUCACUUUCAUUGUUUGUCCUUGUUACUGCAUAACGACCAUGGAUGGGAACAAAUAACCAUCACCGCCACGUCAUCGUCAUGAUCACCGACAUCAUUACCGAGUACCGUAUUUUCCCACAUAUAGCCCGCAGACGCAUAUAACCCGCAGACGCAUAUACCCCGCAAAAAUAGCGUUUUGUGUAAAACAAAUUUCCGAUAGCCCACACCUCCAUAUACCCCGCAGGGUCUUGUUUUGUUUGUAAAUAGUGGUAUACCCCGUGGGUUAUAUGCGGGAAAAUACGGUAAUUGCCAGCAUCAUCAUUGUCUCUGUGAUUGUUUUUGAGUAAUGAUUAAUGAGAACCAGUUCUGUAAUCGGCUUCAUUAUUUAGUAAAUCUAUUGUUCCUCGUUAAGCCAUCAUUAUGGAAGUGUCGCCAUCGUCAUCACCAUUGAUCUUCCAUCAGUGGUGACUCCAAGUGGCCUGUAACCCAGCGCUUUGGAGGCAGCAGCGCGGGCUGGUGGAUCACACGACAGAUGCUGGUGUGAAACUCCCUUCCCGUGGGCGUCAAGGAGGUGCCAUACCCCUGGCUGUGCCGGGAGAAGGCAGUACAGCAAAUGUGGACUGCCAUCUGUGCCAUCUGUACGGGGAUAGAGCAUUUCCCCCUCGCAAGCGUGGGUUUCUUUGGGUGGUCUGGUCGCCUCGUACGUGUAUAUUAAUUGCCCGAUGGCAUGUUAAUAUAUAUGGAGGACCGCAGAGCCUGGGUGAUUGUUUGCGCCGGCUCAUCCACCUGGCUGCUUGCGCUGCUGCUGCCUUCCCACUUGUCGGAGGUUCCUGCUCGCAUGCCGGAGAGUCGGUCCCUCUCUGUUAGAGGGACCGACCACACCAGCACGAUCAUCUUUGCCACUAUCGUCGUCAUCAUCUCGAUCGUUGUUAUCAUCUCCAUCACUGUUAGUGUCAUCGCGACCACCAUCGUCAUCAUCACCGUCACCUUCGUCACCUUCGUCAUGGCUAUCAUUAUCGUCACCAUCGUCAUCAUCAUCAUGGCCAUUAUCAUUGCCAUACAAAGCUGCCUUUACUAAUGGGUGUGUAUGCUGCAGCUCCUGUUGCUGUGUAUUGCCAGCAUCAUCAUUGUCUCUGUGAUUGUUUUUGAGUAAUGAUUAAUGAGAACCAGUUCUGUAAUCGGCUUCAUUAUUUAGUAAAUCUAUUGUUCCUCGUUAAGCCAUCAUUAUGGAAGUGUCGCCAUCGUCAUCACCAUUGAUCUUCCAUCAGUGGUGACUAUCCAAGUGGCCUGUAACCCAGCGCUUUGGAGGCAGCAGCGCGGGCUGGUGGAUCACACGGCAGAUGCUGGUGUGAAACUCCCUUCCCGUGGGCGUCAAGGAGGUGCCAUACCCCUGGCUCUGCCGGGAGAAGGCAGUACAGCAAAUGUGGACUGCCAUCUGUGCCAUCUGUACGGGGAUAGAGCAUUUGCCCCUCGCAAGCGUGGGUUUCUUUGGGUGGUCUGGUCGCCUCGUACGUGUCUAUUAAUUGCCCGAUGGCAUGUUAAUAUAUAUGGAGGACCGCAGAGCCUGGGUGAUUGUUUGUGCCGGCUCAUCCACCUGGCUGCUUGCGCUGCUGCUGCCUUCCCACUUGUCGGUGGUUCCUGCUAGCAUGCCGGAGAGUCGGUCCCUCUCUGUUAGAGGGACCGACCACACCAGCACGAUCAUCUUUGCCACUAUCGUCGUCAUCAUCUCGAUCGUUGUUAUCAUCUCCAUCACUGUUAGUGUCAUCGCGACCACCAUCGUCAUCAUCACCGUCACCUUCGUCAUGGCUAUCAUUAUCGUCACCAUCGUCAUCAUCAUCAUGGCCAUUAUCAUUGCCAUACAAAGCUGCCUUUACUAAUGGGUGUGUAUGCUGCAGCUCCUGUUGCUGUGUAUUUGAGUAAAGUGAAUGUGGGAGGACUGAUGCCAUAUAUACACACACACCACACUCCCCACGCAACCACACUGACCAACAACCACACGAUCACACGAAUGACGCUAACCACCAACAACACAUUCAUACUACGCGAUAUACACCAACCACACAUCGAUACUAACCAUGUAUGUGUACGUUGAACUUCUUUCGCACCGUACGUAGCCAACCGUGCUUAUUGGAGGUAUGGGGAAAGACAAACUAAACACAAAAACCAUACCCAUGCUAUCCACACCACGAUAUCACACUAACCAAACUAUCCAUACCACGCUAUACACACCACGCUGCACCAGUUCACCCACACCACUCGCACUACCCGUACCACCACUUGCAUACCUCUACAAUUCACACCACUCACCAUACACCACACUCACCACUCCAACAUAAUUACUAUGCAAUUCACAUCACACAACAGCACACCGUUCACCCCGUAACACGCCACAAUAACCACACACCACGCACACUAAGAACACACAUUUGUCAACUACUCGGCUACAAUUCCACGUUCAAUUCCAGGCCAUAACUCCCAUAGCACCCCCUCUUUCCCCCACCCCCUGUGCCUCCCCUAGGUCUACUCGGCCUAAAAUUAUCGACGCGUUUUGUGGAGGUGGUGUUAGGGUGUAGGGUGCUGAACAGCCCUGCGGGUGAGACAAAGACGGCCGGGCGCAUGGUACCGGUCACACCACCACCCCUCCCCUUCCACAUGCACCAGCGCUGCCGGCCUUACUAGGUGCUCGCAAACAGCCCCUGCCACGGCCUUCCCUGAGCAGGGGUGCGAGGUGUGGAUGCUUCGGGGAAGUCUGCGUGUUUGUGUUGUGUAUUUUUAUAUCUUGCACUUGGGAGACUUGUUCUUGCUGUUGUUAAGAGAGACUGAAGACUGGAGGGGCCUCGCUAUGUGGUUGUCGAGGGAGACCCUGAGGUCUGGAAGGAUCCACUUGUUCCUUGUUAUCGUUCUUGAUGUAAAUUCCAAAUAAAAUUUUUGCAUUGUUGGCAUAA